AUGUUUUUUAGGACUUUUGUUGGGCGUUCCUGGCAUGCUUCACAGACAACCGCAGAUCGACUCUUGGUGUCUCAUCAUCAUCAUCGGCUAAUCGAUAGCC